AUGUUGGACACUCUUGAGGUUGUGCUUGAGCAAUUCCGCGUCUCUCCUCAGAAUGGAUUUCUUCCUGCUGUGCCUCCAUUGAAAAGACUGGAGGAUCCUUACUACGAGCCAUGGGAGAAUAUCGUCUGUGAUCUCCCGGCCUGCAUCAAGGACGGAAGCAUCAGACAGAAGGUCGACUGUCUGCCUGUUCUGUCAACCUUAAUGCUCGAUGACGAGGCGGAAUGGAGAAGAGCCUAUGUUGUGUUGGCGUAUCUCACGCACGCAUACGUGUGGGGAGGUGAAAAGCCGUCAGAGAGACUGCCACCAGCUAUUUCGUGUCCGUUUCUCGAUGUCUCGUCUCGCCUAGAGCUCCCAGCAUGCGCUACAUACGCCGCCGUUUGUCUCUGGAACUUCGCGACCAACAACGAUCAAACCGAUCUCACCGAUCCUGACAACCUGUGCGUGAACACCUCCUUUACAGCUACAAAGGACGAGGAAUGGUUCUUCAUGGUCUCCGCUGCUAUUGAAGCCACGGGAGCAAAACUAUUCCCUAUAAUGCUCAACGCAAUCCACGCCGUCAAUGUCAACGAUGCCCCUACUGUAGCCGCUUCCCUCAACCGCGUUUGCGAAGGAAUCCGAGAAAUUGCCAUCAUUUUACAGCGGAUGUUCGAGAAGUGUGGCCCAUCUGUGUUCUUCCAUCAAAUUCGACCUUUUCUGGCUGGGAGCAAGAACAUGGCUACAGCUGGUUUGCCUAACGGGGUUUUCUAUGACGUGGGAGAUGGACAGGGCGAGUGGCGCCAAUACAGCGGGGGUAGUAAUGCGCAAAGCUCGCUGAUUCAGACGUUCGAUAUCUUUCUGGGCGUGCAGCAUUCUGCUACGGGAGAGGUCAAGUCUGAUGCUGCUGGACAGCAGUCAGGUAGGACUGGUUACUUGCAGGAAAUGCGCAACUACAUGCCCGGACCUCACCGACGUUUCCUUGAAAUGCUUACCCGCCUUUCCAACAUCCGAGCAUACGCCAUGAGACAAAGACCCGGCUCCGCAGUACGAGACGCAUACAACACUGCCGCAAUGACUCUUGGAUCCUUCCGCGACAUCCACAUCCAGCUAGUCUCACGGUACAUCAUCAUGGCAUCAAAGACAAAACCAAUUGACGACCACGCAAGGAAGACAAAUCUCGCAACGGCAACUGCCAAGCAUGCACGAACCACGGAGAAACAUAAGGUGUCUCUUACCGGGACCGGCGGAACGGACCUGAUUCCAUUCCUUAGACGGACCAGGGAUACUACAAAGGCUGCGGCGAAUUACAUGGAUUCGGCUGUUCUUUGA